GCUGUUUUCGAUGCGACGCACACAUUCCCUUGAACCCUCGCUAGUCCUGCUUCUGUGACCAGUAUCAUUAUAUUAUUAAGCUUACCGUCUUCAAACUAUAUUAGGUAUGUAAAGGUUUCGUUUUCAGUUAGCCAAGCUGCCACUCAAGGUUAAAGUGUGUUGCUGUUUCAUGUUGGUGACAGUAGCACAUUUUGUUGAGUUGUUAAGUUAACUAAACAGGAAAUCCCACAAAGCACAGCUAAGCGUGCUAGCAGCUAACAAUAGCAAGGUGUGUACGUUAGACGGUGCAUUAAAUUAACAGGUGCUCUCGAGUCAGCUAUUGUCAACGAUUAACGACGCCACCAUGGGGUUUAUGCUGUCUAAAUCCAUGGACGAAAAGGUUAUAAAGCAGCAAGAGUUCCUGCUGCACAACUCCCGGCUGCAGCUGGAGCGUCAGAUUGUGAUGCAGAACCAGAUGAGAGAGAGACAGAUGGCUAUGCAGAUUGCCUGGUCCAGAGAGUUUCUCAAAUACUUUGGCACUUUCUUUACCGUGACUACAGUUGGACUCACUCUCGGUGCUGUUAAAAGAAAGAGACCAGCCCUAUUGGUUCCCAUCCUUCCUCUCGGGUUCAUAUUUGCCUACCAGAUGGAUAGUGCCUAUGGGACACUUAUUUAUCGUAUGAGAGGAGAGGCUGAGAGUAUCAUGGCAUCUGAACACGACCGUCUGGACAUGCCUCAAGGGACUCCAAGUUUCGAUAGCAUAGAGAAGGUCCGCCGCGCUAGAAGCAGCCUCAGCUCCCUCCUGGAGAAAUGAUGUGUUGGUUAUUUGAGACAAAAUCAUAAUCGUCCAGCAGACGCAUUCACUCGUUCUGCUUUUGCUUAAUUAUGGAAAAAAUGUAUGUCAACUGCCUUUAUUGAGUCUAUGGUUUGCACUAAUUAUGUAUCAUGGACAUCAACUUAAAUUAGUCUCAAUAUGAAUGAAUAUUAAAUAAUGAUGUUUUUGUGGUAAUUAUUAGAGGUGCAUCAGUAGCCAAGCACUUUGUGCUUUAUUUAUAGCAGAUGCAGAAUGCCAAUAAAAAUACUUGAAUUAGUUACUGUCGGUACACUGUCAGUACUGUAGUGUGUCAUAAAAAAUCUACAUCGAUUUAAUUGAACCAUUGUAACAUAAUUCACCCAGAGACUAUAGAACACUGAGACAAUAGCUGUGUCCCAAAUUCAGUCUACAUACUAAAUCUAUACAGUGUGUACUAAAUAUGUAUCGCAGUAUAAUACACAAAAUUACCAACAUACUUUUAAACUACAGGAAAUUACACAGUACAUAACGGAUGUCAAUCAACCCUGAGAAGCUACUGCCAAUUAAACUUCAUAAAAAGACACCAAAAUGUUUUUGCUAUUUUAAUUUAUUUGAUUUAAUUUUUUUCUUUGUUUCUCAAAGAUUUUUUGGAGCUGUUUCACCAGCACUUAGAAUUUAUUAAAAAAUUUUUGAGCUUUGUGCAUCAUCAGUGCACUCAAAAAUGGUAAAUUUAGUUUGCAUGCUACCUGGUUUGUGUAUGUAUUUUUUUUGUCACUUUUCCGGCCUUAACACACGGCCUUAAAAAGCUGCAUAGACUCAUUAUGUAGUAUGGAGUUUGGACACUACGUACAGUAUGUCUCAACAAAUUGUUUUAUGUGUUUGACCACUAGAGGGCAUAAAGACUCUUAAACACACUCACAGUAACAUAAGCCUUACAAAGUCUGAGCUUAACGAGGUCAUGUUUUAGCAAACAGUUGCCUACUUGCGGACACAAAGCAACAUGAAAAUCUCAGUGGUGUAUAUUUACUGGCUGUCUGACACGUACAAAUGCAAUAUUUAAAUGCUUUUUAGCUCUAGUUUGAUUAACAGAGACACAUAUUGGAUAUUUGUCCUGACAGCAGAAGAUUGUAAUUCCCUCAAACUACUUGCUAAGGUUGAAUUUGAGUGCUAAGGAGCCUUAUGCCAGUUUUCAGUGGAUGUAAAAUAUUACGAGGCACUAAUAUUGAUGCAUUCUGUGUUUACCAUCCUUUUGUUUGACAUCAUGGAAACUAUAUUUAUAAAUCCAAUAAACAGAAAUAUUGCUUUCUCUUA